AUGGCGGGUGGUUCAAUAGAUAUGGACCAGCCAGGCAAAUAUCCCAUCGUCCUCAGCGACGCACUCCUGGGCAGGGCAACUGGCAAAGCAGAGACGUACACAGGGAUCAGAUAUAACCACAAGCCAGACCCAUCUUCGGACUCUUCAGAGACUUCUCUUCACCUCCAGCCUUCAGAUUCCGAUGGUACAGACUACGACCUUUCUUUAAAAGACGACUCCGACAAUUAUUCCUAUCAAGGCGUGCGCAAUACAAGCAGCGAUCAAUAUGUCCUCAUAUUCAACCCCGAAAAGAAACAUUUCGUUUUACAUCAGGUCGAUUCUACUUUUGACAUGAACCUCACAAGCGCUCCCUGGAUCCAAGAUGCCUCCAAGUUACGAACGCAAUAUCCCCAGCUAUCUACUUCCAAAUCCCAAACCUCAGCUCCACAAAGAAAAGUGUCGAAAGGAUCAAAGAAGAUGGAUCCAACGAAGGCCGCACCACCCCGCCGGAAAAUCGAGAAACCAAAGAAACCAAAGCCAGCUCCAGUUAUCCGCGAACCUACACCAGAGGAGGAAGACUCCGACGAUGUUCUCACAGUUGAAUACCCAGAAGCGCCAUCCAACUAUGAAUACAAGUCCACUCCGAUUUUUGACCGAGCUGUCAGUGAGCCAAGCGACGAAGAUGAGGAUGCGGAAGGAGAGGAGAUUGACGAGGAGGAAGAGAGGAAUCAAGACGUUGAUCACCUCAAAUUACCAAGUCCUGCAAGCAAUAACAAUGGCGGCAUAAGUGAUGAGGAUAUGGAGAUGGAUCUUGCGGCUGAAUUGGAACAGGAUCUAGAACAAGCUCUGCGGGCCGAUGCCGAUGAGAGUGAUGAGAGCGAGGAGGAAUGA